ACCUAAUUCGACCCAAGGCUUUAGGUCUUGACCCUGAGCCUACUUAAACUGAAGUAAGAGGCUCCCUUCAUCCUCCUCUUGCGCUUGCUCUUUAACUCUCUGCCCUUUGGAUACUGCGACUGCGGGAGAGCACACCUCACUCACAACCAGAGCUCCCGUCUUCGUUUCAGCUUCUUUACCAAACUUCAGGAUGGGUAAGGAAAAGGUUCACAUUAAUAUCGUUGUCAUUGGCCAUGUCGACUCUGGCAAAUCGACAACCACUGGUCACUUGAUCUACAAGCUUGGAGGUAUUGACAAGCGUGUGAUCGAGAGGUUCGAGAAGGAAGCUGCUGAGAUGAACAAGAGGUCAUUCAAGUACGCCUGGGUGCUGGACAAGCUCAAGGCUGAGCGUGAGCGUGGUAUCACCAUUGAUAUUGCUCUCUGGAAGUUUGAGACCACCAAGUACUACUGCACAGUGAUUGAUGCCCCCGGACAUCGUGAUUUCAUUAAGAACAUGAUUACUGGUACCUCCCAGGCCGAUUGUGCUGUCCUCAUCAUCGACUCCACCACCGGUGGUUUUGAAGCUGGUAUCUCCAAGGAUGGCCAGACCCGUGAGCAUGCUCUUCUUGCUUUCACACUUGGUGUGAAGCAAAUGAUCUGCUGCUGCAACAAGAUGGAUGCCACCACCCCCAAGUACUCAAAGGCCAGGUACGAUGAAAUUGUGAAGGAGGUUUCUUCCUACUUGAAGAAGGUUGGGUACAACCCUGACAAGGUCCCAUUCGUUCCAAUCUCUGGGUUUGAGGGCGACAACAUGAUUGAGAGGUCCACCAACCUUGACUGGUACAAGGGCCCAACUCUUCUUGAUGCUCUUGACAACAUCAACGAGCCCAAGAGGCCCACAGACAAGCCCCUCCGUCUCCCACUUCAGGAUGUGUACAAGAUUGGUGGCAUUGGAACUGUGCCGGUGGGCAGGGUUGAGACUGGUGUCAUCAAGCCCGGUAUGGUCGUAACUUUCGGUCCAACUGGUCUGACCACUGAGGUCAAGUCUGUUGAGAUGCACCAUGAAGCUCUCCAGGAGGCACUCCCUGGUGACAAUGUUGGGUUCAACGUGAAGAAUGUUGCAGUGAAGGAUCUCAAGCGUGGGUUCGUUGCCUCCAACUCCAAGGACGACCCUGCCAAGGAAGCUGCCAACUUCACCUCCCAGGUGAUCAUCAUGAACCACCCUGGCCAGAUUGGAAACGGAUAUGCCCCAGUGCUGGAUUGCCACACCUCCCACAUUGCUGUCAAGUUCUCUGAGAUCUUGACCAAGAUUGACAGGCGAUCUGGCAAGGAGAUCGAGAAGGAGCCCAAGUUUUUGAAGAACGGUGAUGCUGGGUUCGUGAAGAUGAUUCCCACCAAGCCCAUGGUUGUGGAGACCUUCUCCGAGUACCCACCUCUUGGGAGGUUUGCCGUGAGGGACAUGAGGCAGACUGUUGCCGUUGGUGUCAUCAAGGCUGUGGAGAAGAAGGAUCCAACUGGCGCCAAGGUCACCAAGGCUGCUGCCAAGAAGAAGUGAGGGGGUGUUUGCUGUGUUGCGGUUUUCUUUAGUAAAGUACUCUGUUUCUGUUAUGUUUCUAGACACCAGCUGAUUUCGUUUUCAAUUGGAUGUUAAGCAGUUUUGCGAACGAGUUAUGUGUUCGGAUUAUGGUUUUGUUUUAAUUAAGGCAUUUUCGUAUCUCAAUUGUGAUGGCUUCCAGAUUUGUGAUGAUAUGAUGUGCUAGUAGCUUCGCUAGAUGUUGAUACAAGUAUAGCAGGUGCGUUGAUUUGAUUACUGAUCAAAUACCCACAUUCUACACCAAUGCUUGGCUGCUGAAGCAUGUGGAGCAGUGGGGUCGGUUGAGGUUUCUGUAGAUUGGAUGGUUUGACUGCUUGAUUGGAAUCAAUUCUUUUGAUUCCCAGUAUUG